GUGCCGUUAAAAAUGGACACUAACUUGUGUCUAUUACUUCUCCUCAGUGCACAUUUAUUGGCAGGAAGCACUGAGGUUGCUGAGGAGGAUACUGGAGAAGGACUAUCAAAAUGCCCAUUGUCUGCUAGGUUCAAGAACCUCCGAAAAUAUGUAUAUCAGUACACAGCCGAGAGCAAAAAUGGGGUGACGGGUACAGCUAACCUCAAGAACGGUCCAAAGAUCUCCUGCCAGGUUGAAAUUGAGGUCCCACAGACAUGCAGUUUUGUCCUCCGCACCACAGAAUGUGUCCUGAGCGAGGUUUCUGUCAUCGACGCUCAGGGUCAACCUGUUUACCGACAGGCUGCUGGAGCUGAGGCCUUUCAGGCGGCUAUGGAGAAGAACACCCUCAAUUUUGUGGUGGAGCAGGUAACCAGUGUUUCCAUUUAUCCAGAGGAGGAUGAACCAGAAAACAUUUUGAACAUCAAAAGAGGAAUCAUAUCUGCUCUUCUUGUGCCAGUCCUGGAGGAAGAACACAAUGAAAGAAUGAGCUCAAUUCAUGGUAUAUGCAAGACUGAAGUCACUGUAAACUCCCGAAAGGAUAUUGAUAUAGAUGUCAGUGUGGUCAGAGAUCUGUCAGACUGCAGCCAUUUCUCACCUCACAGUCUCUCCACCAGCCCUCUGUCUCUUUUGCCUGGGCUGAAUGGACUUUUUUCCAAGCUCAUCAGCAGCACUCAGACCUGCAACUAUCAGUUUGAUAACCGGAGAAAGCACAUGACUGAGGCCCAGUGUACAGAGACGCACCUCUUCAUCCCAUUCUCACAUGAGGGGCAGUAUGGUAUCUCCUCAGAAGUAAAACAAAGUCUAACGCUACAGGAUUCGGUGAAAAUAAACAACAGAUAUUUCAACAAAGAUGACACUCUUGAGAAGAAGCUCUUUAUAGAGGAGGUGGAGGACAAACAUCCUGUUCAGUCAAAGGAUGACGUGCUUGCCACAAUGAAAGAGUUGAGUACGCUUAGCAGCUCAGGAAAGAGUCAACAGAGAGCCAGCCUCUUCCACAAACUGGUAUCUGAAGUCCGUGGUUUGAAAAACGAGACGCUGUCUGGAGCUGCAGGUGAGAUGAUGAAGUUCUCAGAGUGGCUCACAUGGCAGACGCUCUUCCAGUGUGGGACUGAUGAAUGUACCAGCGCCAUCAUGCAGAUCUUCAGGACAUUCGAUGAGGCAGACAGAGAGGUGGAUGCUAUAGUUUAUGCUUUGAGUCUUUUACCUCAGGGCAGUCCCCAGAGGCUUAGAGAUAUGCUGAGUAUGGCCCAAAGCAAGCCAAGCAAACCCAUCAUGUAUGCUCUUGCCAACACAGUGAAACAACUUCCUAAAGACCAAGCAAUAUCCACACCCGAAAUGAAAGAAGUAGCUGAAUUUAUGGAGUUCAUGCUUGGCGAUUGUUCUGGAGAUGAAGACAGUACUUUCCUAACAUUAAGGGUUAUUGGUGUCAUGGGAAAAUACAUGGAGGGAUUCCCAUCUCUGAAGUCUUCUGUCCUAAAUUGCAUGAAUCAGGCAUAUGCCCCUCUGCCAGUGCAAAAAGCAGCUAUCCAGGCAGUCAGACUCAUGGAAAUGGAUUCAGAUGUGAGAAGUGCUCUUAUUCAACAAUAUGAGAAUGCCGAAGCACCCGCGCAAAAACGUAUUGCAGCAUAUCUGAUGCUUAUGAGGAACCCUGAGGCAGCACAGAAGGUGCUGAGGACACUUAAGAGUGAGCAAAAUGAGCAGGUUAAGAGCUUUGUCUCUUCCCAUAUAGCCAACAUACUGGAAUCAGAAAAUCCAAACCUGAGCAUAGCAAAGGACUACAUUCUUAAAGCUGUACAAGGAGAUGUGAGCUUUCUCGCUAUGGACUUCACAAAACUCUCCCGUAACUACAAAACUGAAGUUCCACUGGUUGGCUCUGUAGAAAGUAAUGUCAUUUUUGACUCUGCCAACUACAUGCCAAGAGAAGUCAUGCUGGCCACCACACUUGACAAUUUCAAUCCAGAAAUACUGGAGAUUGGUCUUGAAGGUGAAGGCCUUGAGCCAGUCAUUGAAGUUCUCUUUGGUGAAAAUGGGUUCUUCCCUGAUACUAUCUCGAAAGCGAUGUACUGGGUUAAUGACAAAAUUCCACAUCCAGUCAAACGGGUUCUGGAAAAAUGGAUUUCCCCACUAAGAGGUGAAAGGAUGAAAAGACAGGUUCCUCAAGAUAUUAUGAAGAGUAUGGAUGAAUACAUCUCUGAAUUCAAAAACCGCCUUGAACAGGUUGAAGAUGCUCCUAAAGGCUUGGCCUACCUACAGUUAUUGGGAACAGAAUUGGGAUACUUGAAGACCAGUGACCUCAAGCACGUCACUCAGUACAUUAAACUAUUUGCAGAAGCAUUUAAGUCGACGUCAAUGAACUUUAUGGGAAAGCUGAUAUCUAGCUUAGAGAAUGAGUUUUUUGUCCACUAUAUGUUCCUGGAUAAAGCCUUUACACUGCCUACAAGUGCUGGUUUUCCCCUGAAGCUUACUCUUUCUGGAGUUCUGGCCCCAGGAGCCAAAGGAGGCCUGACCAUUGACCGCAUGAUGCAACAGCUCUCAUUCAUGCCAUCUUUGGGAGUAGAGUUUGUUACCCAAAUGGGAGUUUAUAUCCCAGAAUUUGUGGUAGCUGGCAUUGAGACGCACACAAACCUGUACCAUGAAAGUGCUGUGAAUGCCAAGGUCACCCUAGGUGACAAUCAAAUCAAGCUCUCCAUCCCUGCACCAUCCGGAAACAUCCAGCUUUUCAGUGUCAGCAACAAAUUGCUCUCUGUGACCUCAACUCAGACUAAGAUUGUCCCCUCCAUGGUAGAGGACAGGAUUGACUCUACAGAGUGUAAUCACAUCUUUCCUGGGAUGAAUUACUGCACCAUUUUACGCUAUUCAAAUGCUAGUUCAAACAAUAAUGCCCCAUACUAUCCUCUCACAGGAGAGACAAGGCUCGCUCUGGAACUUCAGCCUACAGGAGAAGUGCCGGAGUAUACAGCAACCAUUUCCUAUGCACAGCUAAAGGAGGGAAAAGAGGGGCGCCAAAAAGUAGACUCUGUGAAAAUUGUUCUUAAGGCUGAGGGUGCUGAGCCAACUGAAGCAACAGCAGUUGUGAAAUACAAUCCCAAUAAGAGCAUUCUCACCACCGACCUCCUGAUUCCCGAUUAUGAUCUUGAAGCUGGCAUCAAGUUGGCAGUUACAGAUACCAAUACUAAAGGGAAGAAGAUGCGUGGGAUCACAAUUGAUGUAACUAACCGAGACAUCCCACAGCUUUCCAUAGUUGGACAUGCCAGGUUGGAGUCUAUGAGGGAUGGUCUGAUCGAGCUUCAGAUGUCAGUGCCAGCAUUACAGAUGGGCACCUCUGCCACUGCCACCCUAAAGAAUAACAAUGGGCUUGUCCUGCAGCUUGAAACAGCCUUUAACAUGCCAGAGACCACAUCUGUGCAGAAAGCCAUUCUCAGAUACGAUAAUAACAAGGCUGAAGUUGAAAUGAAGUCAGACAUAAACUCUGAGGUCGAGAAACUUUUUCCAAAUAUGGAGGAGUAUCGUAGCCAGCUGCAGGCAAGUAUUGAUGAAAUCCUCGACAAGAAAGUCACCAAGACCGACAUGAAACUUCGCCACAUUGUUUCAAAAGGGUUAGAGGCAGUAAAUAUUUGGCUGGAUAAAAUAGCAGCAGGCAGCUCAUUUGUGGAUGUGCAGAGGAACAAGAGAAGCACACCAGAGCUGAUAUUGCCAUCUUUGCCAGAAAAACUGUAUCUUAAAUCUGAUGCACUGUUGAGAUACCAGUUCAACAAAGGCAGAAUCUUCAUUUCACUUCCUCUUCUCCUGGGAGGAAAGUCAUCUGCUGAACUCGACAUCCCUCCCACCCUCACGCUCCCACAGAUUCAAAUUCCCCUCCUUGGCUUGAAAGUUCCUGAGAACAGUUACAAGAUUCCAUCAUUCACAAUUCCCCGCACUUUGGAAUUCUCCUUACCCAUGUUGGGUGUAGCAGAGCUGUCUGCAAAGAUGAACAGCAACUUUUAUGAAUGGGAGGGCUCUAUCUUAGGGGGAAACAACACUGUUGAUGUUCCCAAUUACGUUGCCAAGUACAAAAUAAUGGCCAGCUGCCCCUUGACACCCUUGUCAUACAAAAUUGAAGGUAUGGGAAUGAUCACUGGUACAGUUGAGGAUACUUUGAAGUACCUCGUAAAUGGAUCCAUAAACCACUGUUUACUCGACGCCAGUAUGAGUUUCUUUGAAACUAUGAGUUUGGCUAAUAAAAUCAAUGGUAGGACCAACUACCGGCUUGAAGCAUCUAGUCCACUUGGUCUGGACACCUUUUUGUUUUAUUCAGCUCAGUCAGCUUCCACUAGUGAUGAAGUUAUUGGAGAUGGAAACUUUGAUGGAUUUAUCAAGAUAGGCUCUCUAUAUGCCAACUCAACCCUUAGCCAAUCCUAUAUCUAUAAUAUGCCUAAACAAGAAGGAAAAGGAGAGUCCACACUGAAGUUUGACUCCUCAAUCAUCCAGGGUCAGAAUGUGAUCAAAGGAUCAUUUGUCAAUGGAGAGCUGUCACUUUUGUCCAAGACCAAUGCUCAAAAUGAUGUUCUGAAACAUGUGGUGGAGUUAAAGCACAAGAAAGGCGAGCUGUUUGUGAAGUCCGAUGGUAGCACAACGGCACUUGGAAAAGCUCUGCGCUGUAAAGCUGAACUUGAUGUCAAGAAUGGAGAAGCUACACUGAAAGUUGAAUCACAGGCAAAUGAUGCAACACAUGAUGCAUUUUCCCUCCUUACUGGAUCACUAAACAGUAACGGCCUUGAAAUUAAUAUUGAAGGUUUGCUGAAUUUAGAAAGUGGACGUGGGACACACAAAGGCACACUUACUUUUGGAGGAAAUGGCUUGAGCACUAGUUGCAUGACAACUAUUGAGGGAAACUUUUUGACUUUUGAGAAUACCUUCAAUGGUGGCAUCAAUGGUGAAGGAGCCUCAAUGUCUGUUGUUUCAAAAGGAUCAUCCCAGGAUAACACAGUUGAACUCAGUGCGAAGGGAAAGAUUUCACCCAAAGAAGCAUCUUUAACCAGUGUUUUUCAAGGGAAUGGCUUUGGUGGAACUGCAAGAAACACAAUGAACGUUGGUAUUAAUAAGCAAGGUCUGAGUAUGUCUAAUACCAUGAUGGGUACUUUGCAAAAAAUGAGAUCAGAGUGCACGCAAACUUUGACCAUAACUUUAUGGACCUUGGCUUUUCGCUCCAAAACGGACAAUUUCAUUUGUGAUGGAGCGUCCUACAAUCAUGACAUCAAGGUUAAUAUGAGGCCAUUUGUCACAUCGAUAAAUGCAAAUAACGAACUUGAGCUUUUUGAUUUUGGAUUCAGUAGUGAUGGGCGCCUUAAGAUGGAGCCAUUUAAGAUGGAUGUCGCUGGCAGUCUCAGUGGAAAGUAUGGAGAAGAUGAUAGCUUUAAUCACGGCUGUGAAUUUACUUAUGCAGAUCUGGCUGGUACCAUCAAAUGUGAUACAGCUGUAAAAGUCUUCGAUACUCAUAUAAGUAACAGAUUUGACUUGGAUUUCGCUGGAUUGUCUUCUGUAAUGAACACCAAGACGCAAGUAAAUUGCGAAUCUUUACGUCUUGAAAACACCAUUCGCACAAUGGCCAUGCCGUUUAGCCUUACAGUUGAUGCCAUUUUGAACAGCGAUGGCACUGUCAAUUUUUACGGCAAGCACAGUGGUCAGGUCUACAGCAAAUUCCUCUUAAAAGCUGAGCCACUGGCUAUUGCAAAGUCCCAUGAAUGCAGAGCUUCUGCUGUACACAGGUUGCCUAAUGGAGAGUCUGCUGAAACACACAUUGAAAACAAGUUUGACAGCUUACUGAUACCCAAUGAACAGACUGUGUUGUGGAAGUUUAAGUCAAAGCUAAAUAAUCAUGCCUAUAACCAGGACGUAAAUAUUUACAACAAAGAAAAUGACAUGGGAGUCCAAUUCUCUGGAGUUCUUCAGACUAAUCUCUUCAACACAGAAAGAGAAUCUAGUGACAUUCCAUUAGACAAUCAAAAGUUUAGCACUUCUGGGUUUGUCAAGUAUGAUAAGAACAGCGACUGUCACAUAAUUUAUUUUCCAUUCAUAGAGAGCUUCCCUGCUGCCUUUGAAAGUAUAAAAAGCGCAAUUCUGCUUAAAUUUGAAUCCCUUCAAAACUACCUCAACAGUUUAGAUUUAAAUGCAUUGAUAGGUCAAUUUAGGAACAAGUUGGAUGAACUCCCUCAAAAAGUGAAUGACAUCAUAGUGAACUUGGAUUUAGAGAACAAAAUCAACAAUGUCAAGAAUCAGCUGAUUUCCCUCAUACAUGACUAUACAAUAUCAAUCGAUGACCUUGAUGCAUAUGCUGAAAGAUUUAAGGAGGCUGCAGGAAAGAAAAUUAUUGAUUUUGCAACCAGAAUUAGAGAUCUUUCGAUUCAAAUCAAAGAUGGCAUUGAAAGUGGAGCAUGGGCCAAUUCUGUUUCUGACAUUUUGGCGCAGAUUGGACGUGAACUUAAAGCGGUUGAUGAGAAAUAUGAAAUAACUAAAACGAUAAUCAGAGGCAUUGAUGGUAUUGAAGAUGUAAUAAGACAGAUCGAUUUGGAAAAACUGCAGGACAGCAGUGCUACUUGGUUGAAACAGCUGGAUGCAAAAUAUGAAAUUAAAACGAAACUUCAGGAAAAGCUGAGCGAACUGAGGAAGGUUGUUGAGACAUUUGAAAUCAACAUGUUACUUGAAGAUCUGAGACAAUAUAUUACCUCAAUUGACUUGACUGAAUACGUGGAUCAACUGUCUGGUCAAAUCCCAUAUGAGGACAUUGAGAGAGUGCUGGAUUCUGCAAAAGAUGUCAUUGUCAACUGGAUAGAGGAGUAUGAAGUCCCUGAGAAAAUCAACAGAAUUUAUUUAAAUGCACAAGAGCUUAUUUUAAGGUAUGAAAUUGACAAGAAAAUUGAAGUGAUCGUCGAGCAGGCCAUUAUAUUAGUCAAACAGUACAGAAUCCAAGAGCUGGUGCAGGCUGUAGUGGACACUUUAAAAUCGAUCCAAUUUGAGUACAUCUCAGAUAAAAUGAUGGAAAUCUUGGAUAGCAUAGUUUCUCUGUUAAAGCGUAUGGAUUUCGAAAAGAUUAUAAAUGACUUAAAUGAUUACAUUCAGUUGAUUAUAAAGACCUUUAGAACGUUUGAUUACAACACAUAUGUUGAUGAAGUAAAUGGGAAAGUCAGAGAUGUAGUCGACUAUAUUAACAAGCAGAUAAAUGAAGUUUAUGAAAUUCCACGAAAAAUAGAGGCAUCCAGGGAGUUUAUAAAAGAGAUGCAGGUGACUGUUUUUGAUUAUUUGGAGAAACUGAAAAAUACACGGAUAGCUGAGGUGUGCAGGAACGUUAAAGAUGUAAUUGACACUACUGCAUAUAAAGACAUAAAACUAAAGAUUCAGGACAUUAUCGAGGAUGUAAGGCAGAGAAUUAGUGACAUGGACAUCAGAGAUGAAAUCUCUGUUCACUUAGAAAGGGCAAGUGGUGCUUAUGUUAACAUGAUCGAAUACAUCUUAACACAGUUCACACAACUCAUUGAUGAAAUGAAGAAGAUGGCUGAAGAUAAGGAAAUUCUUGAUCAAAUCAAUCAAGCUGUGGAGGGAGUUUUUAAUGCUCUAAAAACAGCAGAAUUUGAUGUGCCUGCUUUUUUGCUUCCAUUCACAACUCUUGAGAUUCCUGCCUUUAAGAUUAAAAUGGCAAGGAUACAUGAUAUUACAAUUCCAGCAAUGAUAACAAUACCAGAAUUCAAUGUUUUAGACUUGAUCAGUCUUCCUUCUAUCACAGUUGACUUUGAGAAAAUAAAACAGAGCAUCAUUGAUUUCAUCGAUAAAGUUCGACAGAUAGAAAUGCCAGAGGUGGAUCCAGAGGCCAUCUUUGGGGACUUACGAGCUCUCUAUCUUACCGAAUUGCCUGAUUUUACAUUCUCUGAGAUUACUCUUUCUGAGAUCAAAUUCCCAGAGAUUAAUGUGCCCAAACUGAAACUGGACAGUUUUGAGAUUACAAUGCUGCCAAUCCCUGAAGUUAAAUUUCCUGAGAUUCCUUUUGAACCAUGUCUGCCAGCUUUUGGCAAACUCUACGGUGAAUUUAAAGUAGAUUCUCCUCAUUAUACAUUGAUGACAUCAGCAGCUUUUGAGAACACAACAACAGCACUUAAAUUUCCACAGUUCAAAGCUACUCUGAAAUCAAAUGCAAAGUCAAGUCUUGAAUUUCUCGACUAUACUCUGGAUGCCAUGCUUCAAAUUGAAGCUCCUAAAAUGAGAAAAAUGAUUAUUAGUGAGACUGUUAGUCUCAGUCACAUGGCAUUUGCAACUGAACACGAGGGUUCUGUUGUCUUAAGUGGUCCUUCAGCAGAAGCAACAGCCAAGACUGCUGUCAAAGUCACCACUCAUAUGUACACAGCUGAUUUGAUUAACAAUAUAGGUAUUGCUUUAAAGAAUGGAAUAUCUGCAUAUAUGGACACGUCUUACAACCAUAAUCUGAACAUCCCCAGAUUAGAUAUUUCUAGUCAGGCAAUAAUAACCAGAACAGCAAAGGCUCGUUUUGAAUCAGGGACUAUAUCUUUGACCGUUGGAACAGUGGGAAGUGGAAAGUGGUCUCCAUCUAAUCCAUCAAGAACCGUCAAGUCCAUCAAUGACUAUUCUGAUGAAAUUACACACAAGAGCGAUUUUGAGAUCACUGUCAAUGCUGGCACAGCAAAGCUGAAUUUUGAUGGUGAAACAAAUAGCAGAAACCUUAAAAUGAAGCAGUCGGUUAGCGCAGAGUCUGUCAUCCUGAGCCACAUAACCAUCGAUGCCAGGGCUGAAACCGAGGCGCCCUUCAUAAAGGGCAGUGUUUUGACACUCAAAGGAAAAGCUCAAAUGGAAGAUGUCCGAAUGGAAAUAGAAAUUUCACAUAGUGCUGAGCUUAUUGGAAAAGUAAGUGGAAGCAUAUCAAACACAUGUGACUUUUUGGCUCAACCAUUUGAAGUCACACUUGACUGCAGAAAUAAAGGAAACAGUAAAAUUAUCUUGCCUCUCAAGCUGACUGGAAAAAUUGACCUUCAAGAUGACUUUGGAUUUACUUUAAAUUCCAAUAAGCAACAUGCGUUUUGGGUGGGUCUCGCUCGCUUCAACCAGUACAAAUACAAACACAACUUUACUUUUGAUAACAAUGAAAUUGAAGCUGGAAUCUACACUUCAGUUGAUUGCGAAGCCAAUCUUGAUUUCUUGACUGUUCCCAUCAGUAUCCCAGAAAUUCCAAUCCCAUACCUGGAUAUAAAAACACCCCAAAUCAAUGAGUUUUCUUUUUGGGAGGAUUAUGGUCUGAAAGAUCUUCUGACCACUCCUAAACAAACAAUUGACAUUGACUUCAAACUAUUGUAUCAGAAAAACCCAGAGAAGCACACAUUUGAUCUAAACCUUGAGCCAGUCUAUGAAGCCUUCAAUGAAAAUGCCAAGAUUUUAAGACUGCAAUUUGAACUUGGAAGAGACCAUAUUUUUGAUGCCCUCACUAAUUCCUACAACCAAGCCAGAAUUCAGCAUGAAAAGUAUAAAAUUGAUACAUCAAACCAUCCGCCAAGAUAUUUCACAGUUCCUGGAUACACCAUACCCAUACUAAAUAUUGAGGUUUCAGCCUUCCGAGCUGAAUUGCCUGCAUUUGGUUAUUUCAUACCAAAGGAGGUAAGCACACCAAGCUUUAAAACUCCUUUAUUGGGUUUUUCAGUCCCUUCAUACACCUUGGUGCUUCCGUCUUUGGCGCUACCAGUCUUGCAUGUUCCUGAGACACUUCGAGACUUGACCUUACCCACAUUUACAAUACCAGAUAUUCAGAAUAAUAUCAUGAUACCUGCAUUUGGAAAUAUGACCUAUGAUUUCUCAAUCAAAUCUCCAGUAUUAUCUCUGAAUUCCAAUGGUGGCCUAUAUAAUCAUUCUGACAUGGUGAUCAAGUUUGAUGUCUCGUCUACAUCUGUGUUUGAUGUCCUCAAAGGUAAACUUGAUGGCAGUGCCACGAUCAACAAAAGAAGAGGACUGAAAAUAGCAACUAGCCUGUCUUUGGUUCACAGGUGUGCUGAAUGUAGUCAUGAGAGCACUGUGAGCCUCACCAAGAGGAAUAUGGAAGCUUCUUUAACAAACCUGGCUAAAAUUAAGUGCCCGGUUCUUACAAUGGACUUAAAUCAAGUACUUCGCGGAAAUACAAAGUCUAAACCAAAUAUCGCCUCUAAUAUUAAAGUGAGCUACUCCUAUGAUCUGCCCAUAAUCGAAACACAGGCAACUGGAAGCAUUGAUCACAAUUUUGCCCUAGAGGCACUGUCAUCCUAUUUCUCUUUGGAGAGCGCUUGGAAAGGAACAACAGAUGCAACCAUCAUGGAAAGUGGAAAUCUGGCUGGAUCUUUGAAUAGUGAAGUAACUAUUUACUUGAAUGCCAAUAGUCUUCGUUCCACACUGAAAACUGAUCUGAACUCUAAAGUCUACCACCAAAAGGCUGGUUCCUGGAAUAUUGAUGUCACUAAGAACCUUGCCCUUGAGGCCUCUCUGCGACGUAUUUAUGCUACAAUGGCUUGCACAAGUAGUAAUGCAGCUAGUAUUGCAUCGUUUUCAACAAACGGAAAGCAAAAUAUGAGGGCUACACUUGAGUUUGUUCCCCUGACAACUUUGUCUGCUAAUCUUGAUAUUGACAUUUCACAGCCAACUAACUAUGGUCAUGCUGGUAUUGUGCAGAACAUAGAUCUUUCCAUCACUUCAGACAAGCAGAAAUUACUUUGGAGUGGCAAGGAACAACUUGCAACUCUGAUCCAUUCUGCUGAUCUGAUACUAUCGAACACUCAGUCUGAAAUCCGUGUAGAAAUGUCAGAAUCCGUUGAGGGGAAAGUUGCAUUCCUGAAGUCCAUCAAAUUGCCAAUCUACCAAAAGAGUCUAUGGGACAUAUUUAAAUUUGGUGACGUCAGCAAUACUGAGGAAUUACAGUUCUUUAAUGUUUCAACUGUUGUCAUAUACACCAAGAGCAUGGAAGGAACGUUAUUUGCAAUACCUACAAAAUUGUUUGAAAAUGGCGUGACAUUCAAUAUUCCGCAAAUAACAUUUGGAGUUCCAGAUUUGUUUAAAAAAAUUCCGCAAAUGAUUAGGGAAGUGGACAUGCGUUUUGAAGAAGCAGACCUGCCUGAUUAUAUCUCAAUACCACCAGUCAUAACCGUUCCAGAGUUUUCAAUACCAUUCACUACUCUCCAUGUGCCAACCUUUGUUAUUGAUUUGACAAAUCUAGAAGUCCCCAAUGAAAUUAGCACACCUUCCUUUGACAUAAUGUUGCCUGGUUUACCAAAAGUGGAAAUCCCUAACAUUAAUGCUAAAACAAAAUAUCUGAAAGACAAAAUGGCUCAUUUGUUUGUCAGCCUGCCACAGUAUGAAAUCACCAUAUCACCAUUUAACCUUCCCAAAGCAUUCGACAUUGGCGACUACCCAAUACGUUUGGAUGACAUCACAAACACACUAUAUCAUUUUGAAUUGCCAACCAUUAUUAUCCCUGAACAAAAAAUCGAUGUCCCAGAGAUAUCUCUCCAUCUCCCAGCCGGUGUGUUUAUUCCAAAAUUUGGUGCCCUGUCAGCCACUUUCAAAAUGGCUUCCCCAAUUUAUAACAAUACAUGGACUGGAAAUGUAGAAAACACAGAGGCAGGAACUGUUUGCACAUUGAAGUCCACCUGCACUUCCACCAUGGUUUUCCUGGAGUACAACUUAGAUGCAAUUGCCACAGUCCUUCUUGAGAAUGGAGCUUUGGGUUUAGAUGCAAAAAGUACUUUCAACCAUCGCGAUGUAAAUGUAAACUGGAAGCAUGAUCUCCGUCAGAAUCUAAGGAUGAAACGCGAUGAGUCUUCAGUUUCCCGUCCCUCACGCCACACACUGGGCAUUGACAUCGCUAGCCAGACAUUUUCUGAUGUGAGCUUUCGUUAUGCAUCACACAACAAUGGGAUCACAUCUUCAGUAUCCUCACCAGCAGCUGGGUUCAUUGGGUUCCAGUUCACUAGGAGGUCACCAUCUCAGUUUUAUGCAAAACUGUUCAGCAGAUAUUUGUCAACACCUGACAAGGACACAGACCUCUUGAGUUUAAAGAUGACUUUGAAGAACUCUGAAAAGCUGAGCGUUCAGUUUGGAUAUCAUUUUAGUGGACUCUCAGACAUGAUAAAUGGCCUGAAAGACAGACUUCCUUCCAUCUUAGCAGCUCUCCACAAGUUCAUCAACCAGUACCACAUUGAUCACCUUGGCAUGGACCUAAAUCGUGCUGCCUUAAAGCUGAAGAACGCACUCUCCAAUGGCAUUGACAAAGCUUACCUGGAGAUCCCACGCAUGUUUGAUGCCAUGCAGACCUCAUUCGAGCAGGUCAAACAACAAGGUAAUAAGAUGUGGAGGAGAAUGUUGGAGAGCUUUCCCCAGGAUGAUCUUCAAGAGUUCAGCAGAAGUUUCUUCAGCAGUGCUAAUGAAUUCAUUAAGACGUACGAGUCAAACAUGAGGGUUCUUUUAGAUGCUGCCCUGAAGUUCUUGAGGAACACCAAAUUUCAUCUUCCAGGCCUGGAGGAGAAGCUUACCGGGCAGGAGUUGUACAACAAGUUCAGGGAGUAUAUUUCAAAGGCCAUCGAUAGAGUUACUACAAGAUUUUAUAGUCUCAUGGAAGCCAUUGUUGACACAAUUUCAGGUCACAUUAACAAAGUAGAAUUUACCCUUCCUGGUACCACUAAGGUUAUUAGUGGGAAGAAGAUUUUGAAGGAUCUGAGGUCUGCCAUGAAAUCGGCAAAAGAUACGAUUAUGCAGGCGAUGGAAGAAUGGGAAAAGCUAAGAUCGGAGGAAGUGUUCGAGGAUCUGAUGAACUUUUUGAAGGUUUACAGCCAGAGGGCAGAAGAUUUCCUGAACUCUUUUAAGACGGAAAAAUUGGAAGAAAUUUCCUCACGUGUCAGUGCCAUUUACAAAGAGGCAGGGAACUUAGAAUUGAUGAAGAAGAUUCGUGAAUGGAUGAAGGAGGCCAAAAGAGGUUUGACUGAGCUCAAAGACUUCAGCAAGGGUGUAGUGCAAGAGCUGUACAAUCAAAUGUCAUUGGAGAAGCUCAACUCAAAGCUGAAUGAUCUUCUCAUGGCAGUAGAAUCGUAUAUUAAUAGUCUGUUUAAGAGCUACCUUGCAUUUAUGAAAUCACUGCCAUCAUAUACAGAGCCAUACGUACGGGUUUCAAAUAAAAAGACGGACGUGGAUAUUCCUCUUCCUUUCUACUGGAAAUCUUUUAGUGAAUGGCCCAGGAUGGCAUAAAGUGUGCAUUAGACAUGUUUUGUUAUUGUCUUCUCCUAAACAGUGUUAUUUGAAUGUCCUUUUUAUCAUUUGAUCUUUCAUUUGAUUGUUGUGAAUUAAAGUUUAAAUAAUGUCUGUCUUGUUGAAAAAUGCUUUGAGAAUAUAAUUCAGCUAAAUUGCUUUAUGGAAUUGCAUACCGUAAAUGAAGAGACUUGUAAUAAAAAAAAA